CUGAUACUCUUGCUGACACUCGAAGUUUGAAAUGAGAGAGCUCAUGGCGUGAGCGAGGGGUUGCAGGCAGCGCUCGCCUCCGCCCUUCUGGUAUAAAAGCCUCUCACGCCGCACCCACAUUUCUCACAUCACAGUGCGGGCGGCGGGCGCCACUCUCACACCUACCAGGAAACCAAUCAAAACUUAAAACCAAUCGAAAUUAGACCGGCGACGAGGAUUAGCGCUCGCCGGCGAUGGAUUCUGACUACGGCGUGCCUCGCGAGCUCUCGGAGGUGCAGAAGAAGCGCACGCUCUACCAGCCCGAGCUGCCCCCCUGCCUCCAGGGCACCACUGUCAGGGUGGAGUAUGGUGAUGCUGCAAUUGCAGCUGACCCGGCAGGUGCUCAUGUGAUCAGCCAUGCAUUCCCUCAUACCUAUGGGCAGCCUAUUGCUCAUUUUCUCAGGAAGACAGCUGUUGUCCCUGAUGCUAAGGUCAUAUCUGAACACCAGGCGGUCAGGGUUGGCAUUGUCUUCUGUGGCAGACAAUCCCCAGGAGGCCACAAUGUUGUUUGGGGGCUCUAUGAGGCUAUCAAGGCCCACAACCAAAACAGCAAACUCAUUGGUUUCCUUGGUGGAUCAGAUGGUCUGCUAGCACAGAGAACCUUGGAGAUCACUGAUAAAGUUAUUGCUUCAUAUAAAAAUCAAGGUGGAUAUGACAUGCUUGGUCGAACAAAGGAUCAGAUUAGGACGACAGAGCAGGUCAAUGGUGCUAUGGCUAGUUGCCAAGCUUUGAAGUUGGAUGCUCUGGUUAUCAUUGGAGGUGUCACUUCCAACACUGAUGCUGCUCAACUUGCCGAGACAUUUGCUGAGGCAAAGUGUGCAACAAAGGUUGUAGGUGUUCCUGUAACUUUAAAUGGGGACCUUAAGAACCAGUUUGUUGAGACAACCGUUGGCUUUGACACCAUAUGCAAGGUGAACGCACAACUUAUCAGCAAUGUAUGCACUGAUGCUCUAUCUGCUGAGAAGUAUUACUACUUUAUUCGCCUGAUGGGACGCAAGGCUUCUCAUGUGGCAUUGGAAUGUGCUCUUCAAUCACAUCCAAACAUGGUUAUCCUAGGAGAGGAGGUGGCUGCUUCCAAACUUACAAUUUUUGAUAUUACGAAGCAGAUUUGUGAUGCAGUUCAGGCAAGGGCUGAAAAAGACAAGAACCAUGGGGUUAUUCUUAUUCCUGAGGGCCUUGUGGAGAGUAUUCCUGAACUAUAUGCUCUGCUUCAGGAAAUCCAUGGCCUCCAUGGCAAAGGUGUUUCUGUUGAGAAUAUCUCUUCUCAGCUUUCACCUUGGGCAUCUGCACUCUUUGAGUUUUUGCCCCCUUUUAUCAGGAAGCAGCUACUACUACAUCCUGAAUCUGAUGAUUCAGCUCAACUUUCCCAGAUUGAGACUGAAAAGCUGCUAGCCCAGUUAGUUGAGACUGAGAUGAACAGACGUUUGAAGGAGGGCACUUACAAAGGAAAGAAGUUUAAUGCAAUCUGUCACUUCUUUGGCUACCAAGCUAGGGGAGCACUGCCUUCAAAGUUUGAUUGCGAUUAUGCCUACGUUUUGGGGCAUGUGUGCUACCACAUCAUAGCUGCCGGAUUGAACAGUUACAUGGCUACGGUGACAAAUCUUAAGAAUCCAGUGAACAAGUGGCGAUGCGGCGCGACUCCUAUUUCGUCUAUGAUGACUGUGAAGCGAUGGUCGCGUGGCCCUUCAGCCACCCAAAUUGGAAAGCCCGCUGUUCACAUGGCUAGCGUUGACUUGAAAGGAAAAGCAUACGAUGUGUUGAGACAGAAUUCUUCCAGCUUUUUGUUGGAAGAUGUCUACAGAAACCCAGGCCCGCUCCAGUUUGAAGGACCAGGUGCCGAUUCAAAGCCUAUUUCAUUGUGCGUUGAGGAUCAAGACUAUAUGGGCAGAAUAAAAAAGUUGCAGGAAUACUUGGAGAAGAGGAUUGUGAAGCCUGGGUGCUCGCAGGAUGUUCUUAAAGCGGCGCUGAGUGCCAUGUCUUCUGUGACGGAAACACUGAACAUCAUGACUUCAUCUUCUACCGGCCAGACUCCACUGAGUCAUUAGGUACCAUUUCAUGGUAUGGAUCAUAAUCCCCACUUUUUUCAGUGGUGGCGAUUAACGAGUUUAGGAACAGCAACCCUGGUAUCAUACGGGUUAUUCUUUUGUAGCCUUUUGGAGAGUUCUAUCGGUUUUGGAUUCGGUAGUUUAUGAAGGCUUGUUGAUGAGUUUGAGCUCGAAUAGCUUUUGAAACAGCCGGAUGAUGCCAUCUUUAAUAAACCAAAUUCUGUGACUGCAUUCACAUUUCUGUCAGUCACCUGAGUGAGAAAAUGUGAGUCUCAGCAAUCUCUUCA